AUGCCUGCUGUACCACCGCCAUCACCCCAGGAGAUCCAAAGGAAACUUUCUGUUCAUUCGGUGACGAGGGCCAAGUCAUCCAACCAGUCUGCGGGACCUGUGUCGGGGACAGAGUCAGACGAAGACGCGCUCAACAUGUCCGAUGUGUUGCAACCGAUGGCUCAUAUCGGCAGCGGUCUUCAUACGGGCGCGCCAUCGUCUCUUCCACCUUUAUCUUCCAUUGCGGAGCGACGGUCGGGCAGUGGGGAAGAUUCUGAUGACGAAGAUGUUAUUGAAGGUGGCUGGAAGACCGCCGACAUUAGAACUAAACCGCGCAAUUCUGUGGAUGAAAGCGUCAUCAAAUCGGGCUAUCUAUGGAAGAAAGGCGAAAGGCGAAAGACAUGGAAGAAACGCUGGUUUGUUCUGCGACCAGCACAUUUGGCAUAUUAUAAAAGUUCAGCCGAGUAUCAGCUUCUCCGGCUGUUGGAGCUUUCUGAUGUGCAUUCGUGCACCCAAGUCAACCUGAAGCGCCACGACAAUACCUUUGGCCUUAUUUCCCCUGUCCGAACCUUUUACUUGCGAGCUAGCUCACCUGCAGAAGUGCAACAAUGGGUCUCAGCUAUCGAGGAAGCCCGACUAACCCUGCUGGCUACGUCCACGCAGACGUCCGUUUCGACACCUAUCCCUAUUCCAAAGUCGCAGGAGCAGCCUCAUCCACGAGGAUCUUUUCCUGCGUCUGUGUCUCCCCCAUACCCACCAUAUGCACAUGCUAUCACGUCGUCGGAUUCUGAGGAUGCCACGUCGAAUAUUCAACGUGGCGCGAUUGCAUCAUCUCCGACUCGCACAACAUUUGCAAUGUCCCCCUCGAAAUCGGCUACUGUUUUACAGAAAGAUGCCGCCAAAGUCAUUCUAUCUGGCUAUCUCAUGAAGUGUGGUUCUAAACGACGGAAUUGGCGGAAACGGUGGUUUGUUCUUACGGAAGAGAGACUAAUCUAUUCGGGGAGUCAUAUGGACACUAAACCUCAUCGACUAUUUCCGUUUGGGGAGAUUCUUGAUGCUCUGGAGUACGAUGUUCCAUCACACCGACAAAACCCUGCCAUCAUUGCGCCCGCUAUAUCCUCGCCACCGACUCAGUUGGCACUCCCAGAUAUAGAUGAGGCUCACGGGUCGCACACUUUCAAGAUUGUAACCACCAAGCGAACUUUGUUGCUGUGUGCACCAAGCGAGGAGGAUGAAAUCAAGUGGCUAGGCGCAAUACGUGCACUUAUUGCAAGAAGAUCAGGCUCUGGCGUUGUCCCUGGCUCAACCUCAAAAUCAGUACCGCUGGUUCAUUCAUCUGAUGCUGGUCCACCUCUCGCUUCCGGCGCGAAUGUUGGCAUCAAACCUAAGCAUCGUCGUCUAAGCGCGGGGGGAUCAAUUGGUCUUGGAGGGGUUUCAAUUACUGAAGAAGGCGCCCAAGUAAAGUCAUAA